AUGGAGUACGCACACAUUACGGCCAGCGAUGGCUGCAAGCUCGCUUUUCAAACCUCCCUACCCCUCAGCCCAAUCCCCACGGGAGACGCACGAUACAAGAGGCUCAUUCUCCUGAUACAUGGGUUUUCAGGCUCAUCGGCCUAUUUUCAGCGCAACGUUCAGAGUUUGUCGGCUGUCGCGUGGGUCGUGGCCGUAGACCUGAGGGGUCAUGGUGCAUCCGGUCGCGCUCAAGGAGGGUAUCAUGUGGCGCGGUUAGCUGCAGAUCUAAGGGAGGUUAUCUUCCAUUUGCGUUCGUCUGCUGCCUCUCGUAUCUCUGGCGGGGACAUCAGCAUCCUACCUGUUGGCUGCUCCAUUGGCGCCGCCAUCCUUUGGACAUAUUCUGAGCUCUUUGGCGAUGCCGGCAUUGCUGGCUACGUUUUUGUUGACCAGGCACCUCUGCAGGACCGCUCAUCGUUCGAUUCAUGGGACCAGUCCAAGGCACACCGUGGUUGUUUUGAUGAGGCGUCCAUGCUGGCCGCCCAAGAUGCCUGGAUCUCAGAGCCAGAGAAUGCGUUCAGAGGUCUGGUGAAUGAUUGUCUGGGAUAUCGCUUCGCUCCGGUCGCUGGGGAAGACAUCAGUGAGGAGCGCUCAAAGGCAGACGAGGAGUUCUUCAUGGGCGAGUCUCGAAGAUGCGAUACGACGUGGCUGGCUCGUUUGUUGGCAGACCACACGAGGUAUGACCACCGAGAAGCAUGCGAAUCGAUUGAUGUCCCCGUCUUGGUUUUGGCGGGGAAAAGGACUGGCUGCUUUCCUCUAGACGGAAUGAGGGAGACGAUUCGAAGAGUAGAGAAAGGCAGGAAAGAAAGAGGUGUUGCGGAAGGCAUUGCCAAGUGGUCAGAGUAUGAAAGUGGGCAUUGGUUGUUCUGGGAGGACCCGGACCGCUUCAAUGCGGAAAUUUCUGACUUUGUGGCAGAAUGUGAUAAUUUUUCCCGAGCAUAA